AUGGCUCCCCCUCCACGAUUGCGCAUUCUGUCGGUUGGCGGUAAUGCGAUCUCAGCAUUUCUAUCCUGGCGACUCCAGGCUACAACCUCUUGCGAUGUGACACUGGUGUGGAAACAAGGCUUCGAAGCCGUCUCGCAAUAUGGUGUCUCUUUCAAAUCAAAAGCAUUCGGCAACGAGCGAUUCAAGCCCCGACAUGUGGUCCGGACCCCAGAAGAAGCCUCUUCGCGUGAAAAUGUAUACGACUAUGUCAUCCUCUGCGUGAAGGCACUCCCAGAUGUCUACGAUCUGGCCUCAGUCAUCGAAUCCGUCGUCACCCCUCAGCACACCUGUAUCCUGGUGAACACUACAAAUACCCUUGGCAUCGAAGCCCACCUGGAGCAACGGUACCCGACCAAUGUCAUCCUCUCGUUGGUUUCCAAUGUGGAGAUUUCCCAAACCGGGUCCGCCGAGUUUGAGCACCUGAGCUCGAGCGAGAUCUCCGUGGGCGCGACCAAUAGAAAAUCCGCCAUUCCCGCCUCUAUCCAGAACGACAUGGCUGCAGCUCUCUCCCUGACCCUGAAUACCGGGCAGGUAGACUGUAAAGUUUCCCCCAAUAUCCGUCAGGAGCAGUUCGAGCGGAUGAUUGGGCCGAUCGCUUUCCACCCCGCGAGCAUCGUGUUCGAAACCCCCAACCCCACCCAAUUACUAGAGAAGGUCGGAGUGCGUCAAUUGGUGACGGGUAUUAUCGAUGAACUCUUGCAACUGGCUUCGUCUUUGGACUGCCAAUUCCCCGAUGAUUUCCGGGAGAAGACCAUCCAGAAAAUGAUCACGGCCGAUGCCCCGAGCCUUAUGUACCAAGAUUUCCAGGCUCGACGUCCCAUGGAAGUCGAGAAUUUCCUGGGCUCCCCAAUCAAAUUGGCAACGGAAUCAAAUAUGCCUUUGCCGCGAAUUGAGGCCAUGUACGCCAUGCUCCACCACGCAAACGUUCUUAACCUGUCCAGGCCUCGUCAUGAUUCACCCCCUGCAUCGGUCAUGGGACAGCCACCUCCGCGAUUGUCAUCCGCACCUCCACCACACCGACCACCAAUGAAUGGAGCGAUGCGAUCAAGUCGAACGAAUUCGAGCAUGGGGGUUCCCCAGGCUCGUCGAGGCCCACCCCCGGGGAUGAUGCGGGUCCCACCAGGUGGACCGAUGCCCCCUCCCGGGUCCCGGGGCAUGCCCCGAGACCCUUCUCUCGAGGGUCUCGAGGAGUUCAGCCAUCUUAUGAACUACGGUGAUGAAGGCGAACCUGGAUUACCUCAGAAUGGUAGCGGCGGCCACGGCCCUGGAUCGUCUGAGCUGGCUUUAAGAGAACGGGAAUUGGCUCUGCGCCAGCGAGAAUUACAGAUUCGUGAGCAGGAGAUGGGUAUGCGCCGAGGCCCUGGCCCUGGCCCUGGCCAACGACGACCGCCCCCUAGGGCCCCUGCGUCUGCUUUUGACGAGGAGGAUGAAGAUUAUUUCGACCCGAUGAACAACAUGGGUAUUCCCCAUGUGGACCCCGACAGUGUUGAUAUGAUGAGUCUCACAUCACGCCGAGGACGCAAAACCCCAAGUCAGAAUCAGAUGCAGCAAUUCCGCAAAAACCCCGAACUCGCAGGUGGUCCUCCCCCAAUGCCCCAAGGCCGUCCCUCCUCAUCUUUUGGGCGAUACUUCGGCCGCAAGCGUGCCAGUGACCGAGUGAUGCAAGAGAUCCCCGGUCUUCAUGACUCGCUCAUGGACCAUCCCAUGAUGAGCUACUCAUCCAACAGAUACGCCUCCGUCGAACGGAACCAAUUAUCCGCUGACUCGCGCGCCAACUCCAUGACAGCCAGUCAGAUGGGCGAUUUCCCCGUCCGUCCCUACCCCCAGAGCCGGCGAAACAGUCAAUCCCCCGCAGCGCCAUUCCCCGGAGGCCCCCCUGGACCCCCUGGACCCGGUCCCCGGAUGGGACGCCCGAUGACGGCCCAUGACCCGAGUCUAGGACCCCCUGGUGGACCUCUUCACAACGGCCAUCCGUCGCCGCCUGGAAACAUGCGUACACCGGUCCCUCGAAUGCCGUCAGGACAAGGCCCGAUUGGCCCACAACAAAUUGAGCAACACUAUGGGGUGAGCAACCCGUAUGCCGCUAAAGGCCCUCCCAAGAACAAGAGUCUGACUGGAAGUGCGAGCGCCAGCGCGGAGAGUGGUGAUAGUGGCGCCAGUGCCAAUAUUGAUUCCGAAGCGUCUGCUCACAGCAGUCAGAUUAGCCUGGGUGAUCAUCCAUACCCACGAGUUGCACCUGCGCCGCCCGUUCGGUGA